GACUCAUUGUUUGUACCGCGAUAAUUCUGUGGGAGAUCUUGUUAUUGUUAUUGGCGCUUAUUUUUUCAACAAAAACCCUCGAAAAAUACGGCCGCAUAAAUGAAAAUGAAACUUGUGGACCAGGUAGUGCGGAGCUUUCGCGUGGCGAAAGUCUUUCGCGAAAAUACCGACAAAAUAAACAGCAUAGACUUCUCCCCAAGCGGAGAGACCCUGAUCUCAUGCAGCGAGGAUGACCAAAUCGUCAUCUACGACUGCGAAAAGGGCACUCAGGUCCGAACAGUCAACAGCAAAAAAUACGGAGUGGACUUGAUCCACUUCACCCAUGCCAAAAACACAGCUAUACACAGUUCCACGAAAGUGGACGACACCAUCAGAUACUUGUCCUUACACGACAACAAGUACAUCAGAUACUUCCCGGGGCACACCAAGAAAGUGGUCUCACUUUGUUUGUCGCCUGUUGAAGACACUUUCUUGUCUGGGUCUCUGGACAAGACUUUGCGCCUCUGGGAUCUGAGGUCUCCCAACUGCCAGGGCCUGAUGCACUUGUCAGGAAGGCCUGUGGCAGCCUAUGAUCCUGAAGGGCUGAUUUUUGCUGCUGGAGUCAACUCUGAGAGUAUCAAAUUGUAUGAUCUACGUUCUUUUGACAAGGGCCCCUUUGUGACUUUCAAGCUAACCCAGGAAAAAGAGUGUGACUGGACAGGGUUGAAGUUCUCUCGUGAUGGUAAAACCAUUCUGAUUAGCACUAAUGGCUCAAUUAUUAGGCUGAUUGAUGCAUUCCAUGGUACCCCUUUGCAGACCUUCACAGGACACCUAAACAAUAAGGGCAUACCUAUAGAAGCCUCAUUCAGCCCUGACUCCCAGUUCAUUUUCAGUGGAUCUACUGAUGGUAGGGUGCAUGUUUGGAACGCUGACACAGGUUACAAAGUGUGUGUUUUGAAUGCUGAUCACCCUGGCCCUGUUCAGUGUGUUCAGUUUAACCCCAAGUACAUGAUGCUUGCUUCUGCUUGCACCAACAUGGCUUUUUGGCUGCCUGCCAUGGAGGAUACAUAGAGGGGAAAGGGGUGGUUUUUGGUGGGACUAAGUUUUGUGUUGGACAGUGAGGUUAGGUGGAUUUUCUAACUGUAGAGGAGAUUUUCUCAGUUGAAGCAGUGAUAUCAAGGUGAACUUUGGCAUGACUUUUGGGUGUAAAAUUGGUUAGAUUUCCUUGGGGGAUUAUCUGGAAUUUCCUUGGAGUCUGCUUGGAUUUAUUAGAAGUUGCUGGAAAUUAUCAGGAAUUCCUUGAAAUUGUAUGUAGUUUGCUGGAAAUUCAUUGAAAUUCUCUAAGCACCUUGGAAUUCUUUGGAUAUUCCUAAAAUUCUUGAAAUUAAUUUAAAUUGAUUGCAAUUCUGAAGAAAAUUCUCCAAAUUAUCUUCUGAAACUUCUUGUAUUCCUUCUUAUUUCUUUCAAUUAGCAAUAGCAUUGAGUAAGUUGUUGGGAUUCUUCAUUUUAUUUAAAUCCAUAGGAUUUUCUUGAUGCCCCAAUAUGUAUUUGAACAUUCAUUCAAUUUCCUUGAAAUUAUUUGUUUUUCUUUGAAAGAUACUUGAAAUUCCUCAGAAUUGGUUGGGUUGCUCUGAAAAUUUUAUGGAAUUCUUGAAAAUUAUUUAUUUCUCAACAUUUUUUGGUUUCUAUAGAAUUCCUUGUGAUGCCUUGGAAUUAUUAUUGUGAUUUUUGGGGAUUAAUUAUUCCUCAACAAUCUAGAAUUUUCUGAAAUUCAAAUUUCUGUGAAAUUCCUGGAAUUCCUCCUAAUACUUCAGCAUUUUCUUGAAGUUUUUGGGAAUUUCUUUGAUCAGAAUGAUUUCUUUGUGAAUUCUUGAAGUACAGUGUUGAGCAAUAGAACCUCAAGUAUGUAG